GUGUAAGCUGUCAGACAAAGCUAAAGCUAUUAAGCUGCUACAAGUUCAAAAACACCCUACAUUUACAAAAAUUUGCAUUCUGCGCUACACUUGACAUCUUAUCAACAACAACGCUAUCAGCGCGGAGACAGCGACCAGUUCUUCAUCACAUUUUAAAUCCGGUAUACAGCAUUUUAAUCCGUCUAUUACAAUGAUACACAUUAAAUGUAAAGACACCAAUCUAGAUCCGAUUCCAGUUAAGAUUGGUAUCAUUGGUGGCUCGGGUCUGGAUGAUCCGGACAUUUUGGAGCAGCGUAAGGAAAAGAUAGUGGAAACUCCAUACGGUGCUCCGUCUGAUUCCCUCAUUGAAGGUGAAAUCGGAGGGGUACAGUGUGUCCUUUUGGCUCGACAUGGUCGCAAGCAUGAUAUAAUGCCAUCCAAUGUAAAUUAUCGUGCCAACAUUUGGGCCCUGCGUCAGGUGGGCUGCACACAUCUGAUUGUGUCGACUGCUUGUGGCUCUCUCAGAGAGUCCAUUAAGCCAGGUAAUUUGGUGGUGCCGCAUGACUUUAUUGAUCGCACCACCAAGCGCAUGCAGACCUUCUAUGAUGGCCAGCACGCGGGCAUGACUGGCGUUUGUCAUUUGCCCAUGUAUCCAGCCUUCUCUGAGCGCACGCGGAAGGUUCUGCUAGAUGCGGCUAAGGAACUGGAGUACGAUGCACAUGAUAAGGCUACUAUUGUUACCAUAGAGGGGCCGCGUUUCUCCUCCCGGUCGGAGAGUAACAUGUUCCGACAGUGGGGCGGAGAUCUGAUCAAUAUGACAACUUGCCCAGAAGUUGUUCUGGCUAAGGAGGCGGGCUUGUUAUAUGGCUCCGUAGCUAUUGCUACUGACUAUGAUUGCUGGCGUAUGGGUUGCGAAGGUGUCAACGUGCAGGAUGUGCUCAAGACUUUUGCUGAGAACGUGACUAAGGUGAAGAAGAUUCUAGUGAAUGCUGUUGGCCGCAUUGCCAAGGAAGACUGGUCUGAAGACAUUUUAAAUGCCAAGCAAUGCGUCUGCAACAACACUAUGUCCGGUGCCAUGUGACGAUUUUUAAUACUAUGCACCCAAAUAACCAAAGAUACCAUUCGACGCCGAAAGCCGCUUGGCAAGCCGGCCUACUCAAAGAACUCUAAGAUACAUGAGCCAAAACUUCACUCUAUAAAGAUUGCUUAUGAAGUGGAACCGGGCAAGCGGCAUAGAGAAUUUAUCCUAAAACCAGAGAGCCAUUACAAACCUCCAUCAGCGAACGAUCAAUCCUAAAAUUACAUUUCCGCACAACGAAUGCACUAAACAAAUAAUAUAAAUCUUUAACAAGUGAUGAUUUUUAGUAUAUAUCCUGAUAAAGUUCUCUAAUAAACGAACCGUAUCUUACUGA